GGAACAAAAACACUUACUGUAGAUGAUAAGUCCUCGCUCAUACCUUGCUAUGGGCUUUCUGUGGAAUGUCAUUAUUAGUGAGGGUCACAGUUCAGCAGUGAUUAUGGUUGAAGGCAUCAUCGACCCGUAGUCGACUCGUAAUUGCAGAACCGACUCCGGAAUCGGUUAUGCAGAUGCGCUCGAUGAUGGAUUCAUCUCCUGAUGCAAUACCUGAUUCUGACCAGAAUGCCAACAUAAUUCCGCCUUCAGAGUCUGAAGGGGCGAUACCUCAUGCCAGUUCUACUGCAGAAGGUGAAGGCCCUGUCUUGGAGGUAACGACACACUCGCCGCCCCACUUGAGCAGUGCAGAAACAGCUUCAGAACUCCUGAGCUGCGAUUCUCAUUUUGUAUUCCCAAACCCUCAGGCCCAGGAGGACCUCACUUUCCCCGUAGUCACCAUUUCUGCCUUCACUGAAACGGGCCAACAGGAGUCGUCGAUCAAAGUUCCACUGCAACGAUCGUACACCGGUGAAGAGUCCGUAAUAUCAUCCUCCCUCGCCGACACUCCAUGCGCUACCCUCGGUGUUAUGGGCCUCUUAGAUCAACUGAACGCCACCCUCGGAACAUCAUAUACCCUGGACACUCCAUCCAUGUCCUCCACUCUCGAAGACUGCAUCAUGAACAACUACGACUUUGGCACUGCAUAUGGCCGUCUCCGCGCGGUAUGGGGCACCGAAGACUGGAAUGCCAUCCAAGAUGAGCUACGUUCACGUGAAGCUCGGGACCAGGAGAUGCGACGAAAAGCACUUGUUGGUAACCAGAUUGUCAACCCGGAUUUGGGACCUCGACGGGUCUGGGAUCUAUACGCUAAUCGGGUGGUGCCAUGGUGGAGCAGUGGCGCGUUUCUAUACCCGGUCUCGUGGUUAAGCGGUAUGCGGACUCUUCGGCCGGUAUCGCAUGCGUGGAUGGACGCGAAGGAUCGCGUCCCCGUCUGGACGCCUAUCAAUGGGAUGGAAUGGCCCGUACCCAUCCCAAAAGAUGCCAGCCUUGACCUCAUCCGCAUCGAGAUGCUGAAUCUGGGAGCGGAAUACACAUGGUUGGAUGUCCUCUGUUUGAGACAGGAGGGUGGGCCAAGGGAGGACCUGCGUGCAGAAGAGUGGAAGGUCGAUGUGCCCACUAUCGGACGUGUGUAUGCGAAUGCCAAAGUCGCGAUCUACCUGAGUGGGCUGGGGCGGCCUUUUACUUUGAACGACGGUGACUUGGACAAUGAUCGCUGUUGGUUUAGACGCGCGUGGACACUACAGGAGAUUGGCAAGGAGAGGAUCAUUGUCGGGGAUACACCUGAUGGACCGCUGCAUGCGAAACCAAUAGACAAGGAUGGGAACUAUGAUACUGAGAUACUGACUAGGUUUCACAAGCAGCUGCGGUCCAUCACCACUGUCCAUCAUCUGAGUUGGGGGCUGUUAAUCUCCCUCGUGAUGUUUGAGAUCCUGUCAGAGAUGCAGAACCGGGUAUCCACCAAUCCUGUGGACAAAGUUGCGGGACUGGCAUUCCCUCUGUUCCCCACGACGAUACCGGCAUAUAGUGAGAGCGAAUCUCUCGAAGAUGCAUGGACGGAAUUAGUGAAUGCAAUGUCUGUGCGGAAUCGGGGUGAGCUGUUCUUCUGGUAUCCUGAACCAGGAGAUACAGGCACGAAGUGGAGACCCUCUUGGGAGCAGGUCAUGAAGGCGUCUUUGCCUGUGGGCAACUACUCCUGGAUGAGAGUUGAUUGGGAUGGGGAGACGAAUGAUAGCUGGUAUGAAGGGCCCUGCAUCGAAAAGGUAUCUGUGCGAGGGUUGGCUGCGGGAGGUGCGGCAGAGAUUGAUCGAUGUGGCGAGUUGAUCAUUAAAGAUGCCAAUGGGGCAGAACAUACAUUCGACAUCAUUGCACGCCACAAGUUCCCAAUACCUGAAGAUACAUACACAUUGCUUGGUACGAAUCCAGGACUUCUCGGACUGAUUCUGAAGCAAUAUUUGGUCGUCGGGCGAAGACUGUCUGACGAAAAGUUUGAGAAAGUGUCCGUGUUUGAAAUGGUCGAUAAAGAAGUAUGGAGGCUGAAGCGUCUGGGUAUUACUAAAAAGUGUCGGAAUAUUCUUAUUUGAG